UAUCCUAUUGUUCACUGAGAAAUCAGAUAAAAUCACGUGAUCAAAAUUUGUAUACAAAGUGAAAGUCAUAUGACUGAAAAAUGGCCGUUGUUGGGAAAAAUGGCAUGGGAAAAUUCUUUAUUUAUGAUCACAACAAACUUAAAAAGGAAGAAGACGAUUUGAAAGAUGCUAUUGUCUAUUUUUAUCCAAUAAUCACAAGUGCAGAUGAACAAUGUGCCCUGUGUGGACAGUUAAUGGGUUUGUCUGAAUUCCUACAGGCCACAAUCAGCGAGUCUGUUCCAACUUUCUUCAAAUUACAGAACGAGAAGUAUUGCUUAAAAAGAGUUGGUAGUUACACUAUGGGAUUAGAAGGAUCUUUAAAUGACAGUGACUUUCAUAUGAAGAAACAAUUGAAUUUCUUACAUGAUUCAUUUGUAAUGUUCUGUGGAAGUAUUCAAAAUAUAGUACAGCAAUUUGAGAAUAAUUAUGCCGGAUUUGUGGAUGCACUACAGAAGAUAUGGGAUGUGCUAUAUCCAUCAGGUUGUUUCUAUAACAACUUUAUAAGUCAAGUGUUUCAGAUAGUACCAAUAGUACACUUACCCAAGAGUGGAAGUGAACUGUUUUGUCAAGCAUCAUAUAUUUUACAAUCUAGUCAAAGAAGACCUGGGGUACAUGUUGGUGCUAUACUUUACAAAAACAAAGUGUUAUGUACACAGAUGCCACCUGAUCUCACACGUAAACUGAUUCUUGUUAAACCUGAGCUGCCAUGUAUCCAUUUAAAUACAGAUUUUGACAUAUCUCGUAGCAUGCGUAUGAUUACAGUUUACCUAACGAAUGACGAAUUGAAUGAAAUUGACAAAUCUUUUAAACCUAGUGACAGGCAUAAUCACCCUUCAAAAUUUGUAUGGCAUGAAAGUAUGGUACACAAAACAAACGUACCUAAAACUAAACUGGCUCCAAGUCCUUAUAAAGUAGUAAUGGAGAGUAUUCCAGAAAAAGAAACUUUAGACUCGUACAUUCAUUCUGUAGAAAAUAAAGAUGAUAGAUUAAAUUCAAAUAUUAUAGUGUGGAAAACACACGACGAGCAAUCCGAAUCUUCUGAUGAAUCUCGUAGACGUUCUGUAAUUGGAAAGGAAGAUAUUAUUGAAACUAUAAGCGAUCUAGAAGAUGGAGAUCACGGGAGUAUCCAUCGCAAUGAACGUAUAGAAAAAAGUAUUUAUGAAAAACCUGAACAUACCGUUGAUAUUCUGGAUGGUCAUGUUGUAAUGAAAUCUCAAGUUAUUCAUAGUGAUAGUUCAAUUAAUAAAGCAACUGACAAUAAAAUAAUUGUUGAAGCCACGAUACAUGAUAUUGGGGUUCAUGAUAAUGAUAAUGGUGGGCAUUUGGAAUGUAACUUUAACGAAAAUGGAUCUUUCCAGAAAUCGGCAGUGCAUGAGGAAAUAGCUGAAGACAAUUUGCGAAUGGACUAUAAUAAAACAGACAAUAACCGGACUCUAGGAAACAUCAAUCAAGCUAGCUUAGCUGAACAACAAAAUCAAAAUAUAUCUAAACCAAGAACAUUAACUGAUGAGAAUGACACCCUACACCUUCAGGGAACCUCAGAGGAGGAUAAUAUAGGAUUUUUGAAUAAUCAAGAUGUUAAAGUGGAUUGUUUAUAUGAAUGUUCAUGCGGCUGUGUGACUGUUCAGAAUAAUUCAGAUUCACAUGUCAAUUUAGUAAAGUUCAAUACAUUUACAAAUACGCACAAUGUUCCAAAAGGAAAUAAAACUCAUUUCAAACAAGAUGACGAUGAAAGUAAAACAAAUAGUUCUAGAAAUGAUGGACAGAACAUUAAAGUAAAUGAUAUAAACUAUGAUGAAGUAUUUAUAGAUCCAGAGCAAACAGGUGAUACAGAAAAUGCAAAUUAUAAGUUCGACCUAAACUUAAGAUUAAAAAAGCAACACACUAAGAAUGAAAAUUCUAGUUUCUCUUCGAGAGUUUCAUCUGACGGUGAAGUAGGAUUAUCCAAGUCAGGGUUUGAUAAUGCUUCUGAAGGUUCCGGAAGUAAAGAGGAAACGGAUGGGUCAUUUUCCGAUAUUGCUUCUUUAUCAACAAGCAGACGAAAGGAACGAUUUGAUUUUCAAUCGUCGGCUGACGAAUCCUCAUCUGAAUAUAGUUUAUUUUCAAAACGACCAAGCUUUGAUAGAAAAAUGAGAUAUUUAGGCGACAUUGACUCCAUGCCCAAUUCCUUACAAAGUACUUUGCAGAACUCUGGCUCGUCAUCUCUCCAGUCAAGCAUUACCCUGCGUUCACAAGGACUAGAGGAUGAAUCAGAUACUAAUCAGUUAUGGACACCCCAACAGGAUAAUUUAUACCAGAUGACCCUUUAUAUCCAGGGCCAAGCUGCAAAUCAGUCUAGCGAGACCUCAAUGAUACUUCUGCUGGAAAAUGAUAUCUCCAGAGAUAAAUCUGUUGUACAUUCUUUGUGGAAAGAUGCUUUACCUCAGUUGGCUGAUCUAGAUUUUUAUGUCAAAGAAAGUGUAGAACAACAUCUUGAUGAGGGUUUUAUGGAAACAACAAGCUUUUUGAAAUAUGAUACAUUGUCUAAUCGGAUUGAAGGCAAUGAACUUGAUGUUCCUGUAAAUGAAGAUUUUCAGAAGUUAGCAGGAGAAGUCCACAAAGAUUACCAAGAGAAUAAAGACCUCAGUAGUAUAGCUCUGACUAGCCACCUUUGUAGCUGCAAUAGCAGUAGAGAUAUAACAAAUGAACUCUAUUAUCAUGUAGAUGGACAAACUUCCAAUAGAUAGAAUGAUUAUCCUUAUCCAUGUCAGCAUAGUCUGUGAUAUUUUAAUAAAUUAAAUACCAAAAACUA